UCUCCAAUAGUGGGUCGAUGGCUUCGCACUGGUAACUUGCGGCAAUAUGCCUGGCCAGUUCGGAGAGUAAGCAGCUGGGACGACUAUCAACGGUCCCUAGGCUUCAGGGUUCGUUAAUACCGGAGCUUCUCUCCCUCCCCCGCUGAUUACUCAAACAAUUCUCCAUUGCACGAAGAUUGGCAAGCAACGUAUCGAAUGGAUGUGCGAACCCGGAACCGCUGAGCAGAGCCUGAAAUAUGAGCAAGGACGAUCGCAGUCGCGAAGUAUUCGCUGUGGCUGCACUGUUCUUCGUGCUCACAUGGACGACGGUCUGCCUACGAGUUUAUGUGCGAGCCAUAUUGAUGAAGACAUGGGGAAAAGACGACUCGUUCAUGGUUGCGUCGCUAGCGGUCUUCACAGUGUACCUGCCAUGUCAGAUCAUUGCCGCUAUACAUGGUACUGGAAGGCAUCGAUGGGACUUGAGCGAUCAUGAUCGAAAGACUGCACUCAUGUUCUGGUACUUGUGUGAGAUCUUCUACGUCAUAGCAAACUGCCUGCUCAAGUUUGCUAUUGGCUAUUUCUACCUUAGGGUCGCCAUUGAACGGUGGCACAUCUGGUGCAUCAGAUUGCUAAUGCUAGGCACGGUACUAUGUGGUCUGAUUUACCUCUUUCUAGUCAUGCUUCAGUGUCUACCCAUCUCUGCAUUUUGGCUGGAGCACCCAGCUUCAAACAAGUGCAUACCAAGAGGACCUACCUUAGGCAUUACCUAUGCGCUUGCCGCAGUCAACGCACUCGCUGAUUGGGGGUUCGGGCUGCUUCCGUUCUUUAUUGUUUGGGGCCUAGAGAUGAGGCCGAAGACAAAGGUGUUGGUUGCAUCGAUACUUGCAUUUGCGGCGAUCGGAAGCACCGGUACAGUCAUUCGCAUGGCUUAUAUCCACACACUUGUAGAAGGCCCCGACUUCUUAUAUGCUACUACCGAUGUUGCCCUAUGGAGCACCAUUGAACCAGGGAUCGGGAUAACAGCGGGGAGUAUCGCCACAUUUCGUCCGCUUGUCCGUCACUGUCUUUGGAAGCUGGGUCUCGGCGAAGCACCUAGGCACGAACGAGGUCGUAGUUACUACCCUUCUGUCAUCGGCCAGAAGCGAAAGAAUCGUCGCGGAUACCGACGUAGCUUAAGUCCGUCUGACCUAGUGCCUACCGAGCAUGGAGGCAUGACUUCUAUACAGAUUCAUGGACCUGAAGAUAUAGACCUGGAGAACAAUAUCCCGCCGCCAAAGAUCGUUGUCACAGAGGCGGAUCUGCCGCAACCCCCGGAAGGGCAAAUCGUACAUACCGUCUCGGUUCAGCAAGAAUACGAGGGUCCGCCAAAGCUUCACCUCCGUGAUAGCCUCAGGAACAGCUUCACUCGUGGGAGUAUUCUAAGCCUUGGAAAAUUCCGCAUACCCGAUUGAGCUGUUCGAACGUGUUCUGUAGUAUUUUCGGUAUCCGAAGUCGAGCAAACGCGAGAUACGAUCUUUCAAAUGCACGAACGAUUGACGAUAAAACGUCGAGGUGUCGUGAAAGACACGUUCUCUCAAGCAUACAGCAUGGCCUUCACUAGUACGGCUAGUCGCCAUACACGCAAAUUAGCGUCACCGGACCGGUCUACAGAAGAAAGUGAGAGAGACGACGGAGCGUGGCGUCAUCUGGAUGAAACAC